AUGUCACAAUUUAAACCUGCUUUAAUAAUUGUCGACUUACAAGAGGACUUUUUGCCGCCAGAUGGUGCUUUGGCGGUCUCUGAAGGCCGGGCAACUAUAGAGCUUAUUUUGGGAUUGCUUGAUCUGAAGAAAUACGACUGGAAAACAAUAAUUGCAACUCUGGAUUGGCAUCCUCAAGAUCAUACUUCGUUUGCAUCCAACCAUGGAGCAAAGCCGUUCACAACAAAGCAAUUCAAACAUCCUCUGGAAGAUUCGUACAAGGAACAAGUGUUGUGGCCCGAUCAUUGUGUGCAAAACAGUGCAGGCUCGGAGUUUGCUCGCGAAUUUAAGCCCGUUUUCACCAACAUCCUAGAAACACAACCGGUGCCUACCUACGUUGUCAAGAAAGGCUAUCUACAAGACAGAGAGUACUACUCGUGUUUUCAAGAUACAUGGGGGGUUCAUCAUACAGAAUGUGAAAAAUUGCUCAAAGAGAAUGGAAUCACACAUGUCUAUACCGUCGGUCUAGCAUAUGACUACUGUGUUCUCAAUUCAUCGCUGGACGCUGCCAAUUUGGGAUACACAACGUUCGUUCUCAAAGAUUGUUCGCGCUCGGUCGAUCCAUCUAAGAACGAGCAAACAGAUUCCACAUAUUCCCAACAUGGAGUGAAAAUAAUUACAACCUCUGAUCCAGCAUUAGCCAAGGUUGAAGUUUAG